UUGUAGAAGGAGCAGAGCCGGAGGAGCCGCUGAGGGAGAAAUAUCACAGUGUUGCAGGCCUCUUUCUGGUCGUCAUUUCUGCUUGUGAUUUCAAGCGAUUCCCGUAAAAAAAAUGGACGGACUCAUCAAGAUGGAAAGACAAAAGUUUCCGUUCACCAUCGAAAACAUUCUGAGCAAAUAUCCGAGCGGUAUUGGAGAAAAACAACCGCAUGGAGCAAGCGUUCUUGGACUGAAGGAAAAGAUGGUGUCUCCUGAACCUGUGCAUCACGCCUGCUUGUGCUGCUGUUUCUGUUCCCACUGCGCUGACAUGUUCCACUCGGACCUCAUUCAUGAAGCCUGUCAGUAUGGAUGGAGCCCUGCAGCCAUGAGCUCAGAGACGGCCAGGCAGGGGGAGGUUCACAGGGAGGAGCAGCAGCCUAAGGGAGGCCCGGUGCAGAGACGAACCAGGCGUCACCGUACGAUCUUCACCGAGGAACAGCUGGAUGCGCUGGAGGAGCUGUUCCUCCAGAACCAGUAUCCAGACGUGAACACAAGAGAGAAACUUGCACAGCAAACUCACCUGAGGGAAGAAAGAGUGGAAGUUUGGUUUAAAAACCGAAGAGCAAAAUGGAGGCGUCAGAAAAGACUUUCAUUUGUUGUGGGAAACACUGAAAACUAACUUUUUUUCAUACAAAUCUGCAGCAAUGUGGAAAAAUAUAAAAAUCUCAAGUGAUAUUUUUUGCUUAUGAUUUAGACAAAUAGCCAAGAUUAUUAUUAUUAUUUGACCAAGUCAAGGAGU